AUGCCACGUCCUAUACGCCUCAAUGUCGCAAAAAUCCGACAAGUCAGCACUGCCGAGGCCCUGAGCAGAGAAAUCCGGACCUGUUUUACGACCCGAGCCGGCGGAGAAGUCAGUAACCAGUUGUCGUCACUAAAGACUUCAGUCUAUGUGGCAGCGAAGAAAAUCCUUGGAUACACCCAUCGACGCCGCAAUGACUGGAUCAGCGGAAGAACCCUACGGUUGUCUGCUCAGACGGCUCGAGCCAGGUCCCGCAACCAUGACUGCUUCCGCCAACUUCGGGAGAUGACGGCAAAAUUGGCCAGGGAUGACCGGAAGCAAUAUUGGGCUGAAAUAGCGACCUCCAUGGAACAGGCGUCGAACUGUGGAGACACUCAAAAUCUCUACCGUUUCAUCCGCGAAGUUAGCGGUAAGCCCUCUACACUGAGUGACUCUGUUCGCGAUGUGAACGGCGGCUUUAUUGUUGACAACUCGGUCAACGUCGAGCGCUGGCGUGAGCACUUUCACCACCAUCUCAACUUCGAUACUCAAUCUACCUAUCUCUUGAUCUCCUCUACAGCAGAGUUUCUUCCCCUUCCUACCUAUGCAGUGCCAUGCGACCCCCCUCUGAAGGAGAAGUGGCCGAUGCCAUACGAAAGUUGCGCAACAAUAAGGCACCCGGAGAAGACGGUAUACCCGCUGAAAUCUUUAAGUCUUGUGUCGACACUCUGGCACCCUGGCUUAAUGAGAUGAUUGAACGAGCGUGGAUAGACGAGGUUGUUCCUGAUGACUGGGACUUAGGUAUCCUUGUACCUAUCGUCAAGGAGGGAGAUAAUACGAGAUGCGAGAACUACCGCGGCAUAAGUCUCAUCGACGUUGCUGCGAAGAUCUUUGUUAUUGUCCUACUCAGGCGAUUCCAGGCUGUGCGUGACUCAAGGACGAGGCCCAACCAAGCCGGAUUUCGUGCUGGACGUGGAUGCGCAGACCAUAUAUUUACAUUGAGGCGAAUUCUCGAACUUUGCCAUAGCUACCAUCAACCGACGGCUGUCUGCUUCAUUGACUUUGCCGCCGCGUUCGACUCCGUUCACCGUGUGUCCCUGUUGCGGAUAAUGGCGCUAGAUGGUGUACCGGCAAAUAUUGUCGCAAUGAUCAAGGCCUAUUAUCGGUCCACUACUGCAAGUGUCCUGGUCCGCAACAAUCUUUCCUUACUGUUCGGUAUUCGUUCCGGCAUCCGACAGGGUUGUAUCCUGUCACCCAUGCUGUUCAACUAUGCUAUUGACAGGAUCCUCGGUAACGCCCUACGCGACAGUGACGACGUUGAAUUUGCACCCGGACAUCGACUGACUGAUCUCGACUAUGCCGAUGAUAUCGUCUUACUUGCUUCAAGUUUUGGUGAUCUGCAGUCUCUUCUGUUACGGAUGAACGAGGUCGUUAAAUCGGUCGGUUUAUACAGAAACGCUGAGAAGAACAAGGUGUUUUCAAGGUGCAUCUCUGACCAGGAGAAGGCACCCCUCGGGAUUGAUGUCUGUCAACUUGAAAACGUAGACAGUUUUAAAUACCUUGGGUCGAGGCUGCAAGGGUUUGCGUUUACCGUGCAUCUGUCCGGCUGUUCUUCUCUACGGUUGUGAAUGCUGGCUUUGCGCGUGGAGGACGAGCGAAAACUUGAGGUAUUUGACCACAACUGCUUAAGGACCAUCCUUCCAGUCAAGUUCACCGACUUGGUCUCAAAUGAGACAGUCCGCACUCGCUGCGACAACAUCGCAAGGAUAACUCAGGCCAUCCAAGAAAGACGACUAAAGUGGUUGGGACAUGUUCUUGGUCGUCCAUUUCAGGAUCUCAGUGUUGCUGCCCUUCAUCCGGCACCGUUGCCCCAUUGGAGGUGUUGAAGAGGGUUCAGUUAAAAACCUGGCUCGAUACAGUUCGUAAGGACAUGGAGGUGCUUCUUGGACCGUCGGUUUUCGGUCUCCGUCGUUGGCGAAGGGAAUGGGUUGAGUUGUCCAGAUCUGCUGCCGCGGAUCGUUACGCGUAGAGAGGUACAGUUCGGGACAUUAUCGAGGACGGCUAGAUCAGGCAUGAUCGCAGCCGUAUCAAUUGCAAGUACAAGCACUGAUGCAGAUUCAUUAAACGAACAUUUUAUUCUCAGUCCCAAGGACUUCCAUCUUCCUAAAAGCAAAAUUUCCCUCCAACCAUGUGCCUGCGUAUCUAUGUCAGCUGGCAAAUGAUGAACAAACCAAUGUUGUUUACUCGCGACCACUCUCUCCAAAAUCCUGUAAACUGGCUUACGCCUCGAAGCCUACCGGGGGCAUCAGAGUUGGCAUCUAUUACUAAUGUCAAUGACCGCUGCCGACGAAUGUCGUCGGCGUUUACGUACCGAUCCAAGUAAGAAUGGAACCAAUAACCGAUCGAACAAUGACAUGCCCGCGCGUGCAUUGGGAAAAUGACCCAAUAAGUGUGUAAAAAUAAUUUUCAAUGAACAAUCAGUUAUCGGAAUAUUUUACAAAAAUGCAUGUUUAAUUACAGGAGUUAGAAGGAUCAGUUGGUUCUAGUUGGAAAGGUACUGUUGCUCGACGUGUAGCAUUCCAUAACAGACAAACCGUCUCCAAACAUGUCGCACGCUUCGCCAAAUGAACCUGCAUUUCCUCUGGUCGAGCAGGCUACUUAAUUCUAAAAUUGAGAUUUGAAAAUGCAAUCGCACUAGAGAUCAACAAAAAGACUAAAGAAGUGCAUGAAUGACACUUUCGUGACUGCAGAAUAAUUAUGGACCAACCUGACGAUGCAUGCGCGUUCCUCCACUGACCAGCACGACUCCUCAUUGUCCACCCCUCUGCACUCGAUAACUAAUUUGACACAACCCCGGAGGUUAUUGCCGACUCUCCAUGCAUUCUUUUCGUUUUCAUCUUCUUCUGUGUAGCGUCAAGUAGCUUGGCAGACCGCUGACAGUGGGCCUUCGCAUCCGGCUUCGAAUCCGCCAUCUCCUUCGAUUCCUCACUCACUCUUCGCACACUCUCCUCCUCCUCCUCCUCCUCCUCCUCCUCCUCCUCCUCCUCUUCCUCCUCCUCUACUUCCUCCGGUUCCGCCUACCAUAUUUUAGCUUUUCGCUUUCCCCUCGUCCUUUCCGUCCUCAGCACCUUCAUUUUGGUAACCAACAAACUUCUGAUUAAACUCGACCGAUAG